CACUCUUCUCGACCAAUCAGAAUUCAGUAAUUUUGUAAUGUGGGUACUAAACAAUAAUUUUGCAUUACAAGUUCAAUUUAGUAUGUGGUAUUCGUUGAGCGAAGAAGCAGGUCCUUCUUAUUCUGUGGCAAGUCAAAUGUUUAAAGGUAAGAGAAAAAUUUUAUAUAUAGGAAGGGCAGUAUACAGGAAGGUUAAACUGAACUCUGUCUGCAGAGUUUGGCACAAAUCUGUAAAAUGAAAUCAUGUUGUUUGGGCAGUAUAAGGCCCGGUUUAGACGGCAAAAUUUUCAUGCGCCGAACCUAAUCAAAUUAAAUACGGCACAAGUUAAUUGGCAGCUCAUUCGGACGUCGGACUUAGUUGUACUCUGCCAAAAUACAAGUACACUAUAUCGGAAAUGCCAGUACUUAAUUGCUGAUAUAUCAUACGGUAAUGUGCGUUAAACUAAAAUUAUGCAAUACUCAAUAGGUUCGGCGCAUGAAAAGCACGGCGUCUAAAAAAAGUAAAGGCCGAUUGGCACUACACAACUGUUGCCUAAAAAUAUCGCAUGUUUUAUAUUUGUUAAGUAGACCUAUAUCUCAUCCUGAACAUUGGUUGUAUAUAUUCUUAGUACAUAUACAGUUAUACUGAGUGUAACAUGUUUGUGUUCGCUUCGUUCAAAUGUAUAUGUAAAUGAUGCAAAUCUUUCUGAAUCAAAAAUCAUGACGUGUCGUUCUAAUUCAGAUUUUUGAAGGACAUGCAGACGUGGCCAUUGUAAUUGCGCUAUAAAAGAUUUCUCGUCAUUGAAACCAAGAAUCAAGUUUUAAAAGAGUAAGUCACGAUCUCAAAGAAUCAGAAAUAAGAUAAAGUCAGUAUUUUACAAUAUUUCAUCAUAGAUUUUCAAUUUUUACAUCAAACAAUAGCAGAAGGCACCUGCUGUUGAACCACGGUUAAUAGACGUCUAUUAACCCACAGAUUAACCGUAGUUGAACAGACGCGCAUGUUCUUUUAACUGUGGCGAAGUUUAAAACGACAGAAAUAGCGAAACAGACGGUCGAACUCGCUAAACGAUAACGAAAUUUAGUCAGGUUAAUAAACUAAGGUGAAAAACUAGGAAAAACUAUCAUAUUGUGAAUAUAUCGAAAUAUUCUCAUUAAAUAUUCUGCACACAAUUGCAAGAAUGGCCAAAUAUGCUUCCCGCUGUUUCGAAAAAGCGAAAAGCAAAUUAUAUAAAACAAAUAUACGUUGAAAUAAUUGCCCACCAACCGGGCUGAAAUUUCAGUCCAAAAAUGCAUAAUGUCGGCAAGCCAAGCUACCGCGAAGAUGAUAUUAUUGGGUUUUUCGUAAUUCCUUGAUGACAUUAAUUUCUUUUUGACAUUUUGCUCCCUAAACCUAGAAUGGGCAACAAUUCUGCCAAGUUUAGAUGGAAAAAUCCAGAGAGCCCUAUUAAAAGGUCGCGGGAUGUUGUGAAGAAAGUAUUUCAAGUGGUGGGAUUGAAGACAGUACAUCAAGAUUUAUCAUCACCGAUCCAAGAAAGCGAUACGAAUGGAAGAGAGUGCAUAUCGCUGAGAGAUAUACCAGGUGACUACAGUUUACUCAAUUACUCAUCAAUUACACCCACUACAAUGACUGAUAUUGUUCAUAGCCCUGUUAAAAAGUAAGUGUUUUCAAUGCUUUUAAUUAAUGGAUGCACAUAUAAAUUUAGCAUAGACGUAUGUCUCGUUCUUUUCUUUUUUUGUUUGAUUGUGAUUUACAUCCCCUCUAUUACAUUAUACAAUUGAAUGUGCUAUUAUGGCCUACUGUUUACAAUAAUUUAUUUGCAUUGUUUGGAAAACAGUUGAGAGAAGAACAGCGGCAUCAGUGACAAGCACCGCAAGAAAUACAAGUUGUAGCAAUGGUUCAAAACUUUCCAACUUGCAGGAUCCAUCUGCAUGGCACAACGACGUUACAAACCCCAUGUCCCCCAGCGUUUUAUGGGAUCUUGGUCAAUGUCAAGGAAAUGAUGAUUAUUUAUGUGGUCAUUACAAACGACAACGCCACGUCAAAUGCGAAUGUCGCCACAACGAAAAGCCAUGCCAUCGUUGCCAUAACGACCAAAGCACGUGCGGCCGAAGGAAGCUUACGUCACGCGACACGAAGAUGGCGAAGUGCGUGUGCUGUGAUAAAGUGCAACAGGUAUCCAAAACUUUCUGCUGUAAAAGAAUAUUUUAGCCUAGGCGUCGUUUACUCCGUUCUUGUAGUUAUAAGUUCGUCACAAUGCCUUUAUAUCUUAUAUUUGAAAUGACUCAAUGAUUAGCAUGAGUGUGUGUAUAUGAGUGUAUAUAUUAUAGUAUCCGUAAAAUUCCUGCUUCAAUUUAGUUUGGUCAAUUUCGCUGCAAUUGUGGUGCAAAGUUUGCAGAAUAUUUUUGCAACUUGUGUGAACGCCUAACUGGCAAAGAUGAUCCUUAUCAUUGCGAAAAAUGUGGAAACUGCAGGUAUGAUGUGAUUAGCUUCCAGAACCUGGCCCUUGUCGUUGACCUACGCAGCCAUUCUCGUAUCCAGAGCCCUUCUUACGCGCGGCGGGCGGCUCAGGUAAAAUUUAAACCGGAUACUAUAAAAACAUGGUAUCCGGUUAAACACUGCGCAUGCUCAAUUACAAAUUGAGCAUUGGCAAGCAUGCAAAGACAUUUGCAACAGUUUGGAUUUUGCGAGAGCCGCCGCGCGUAAGAAGGGCUCUGGAUACAAGAAUGCUACGCAGCCCAUCAUUUAAUUGGAUAAGACUCGCUACCAAUCCGUUGACUCAUUCGGUAGAGUGACAAUCUACAAACCCAAAUUUAAUUAGGUGACACUAUAUGCCUUGUUGUAUUUUAGAGUACAUGGAGAUCGUUCAUUUCAUUGUGAUGUUUGCGGAGUUUGUGGUAAUCACAAAUGUCGCGAAGGCUCUGCACAUGAAUGCUGUAUUCAUUUGGAGGUAGCGUAUCAAUUUGAGAUUUUCAUCCUGCGUAUAUGUAUGUAAGUUACUAUGUUAGUAAGUUUAAUUGGCCGUUUUUAUACAUUACGCGUCUGGACGAACUUGGGCAAGCAUUUGUUGUUCGUCUGGUUAUGCGUCCUCAGUAUUAUGCGUCGAUUCUUCGUCUUAAGAAACGCACAACCGAUGAUAGUUCGUCUAUAGACGCAUAAUGCGUCUUGUGGCGGUCUUCAUACUAAGGACGCAUAACCAGACAAACAAUAAACACUGCUAGAUCGCCGGAUUAUUCGUCCCGCCUUUAUACUAGACGAACAAUACUGUAUCGAAGAUGGAUUAUGCGUCCAGACGCGUAUAAACAACUUUUACAUUAUUCCUUGCAGGAUGCAUUCACUGGAUGUCAAAUUGUCCCAUGUUCCCAUAGAGUGCACAAAGAUUGUGCAACCCAAAUAAUGCCCGGCGGAAUG